ACGCUUCUACUUCCGGUUCCAAGCGCGCCAAAAAAGAAAACAGACGCGGAAGCUCGUGUUUGUUGUUGCAACUGUUUGACAUAGAACUCCACGGUAACACGACGAACUGGACUGUUUCAUCACUGAACCUCAACUAAUGCUGGAAGAAUGACAGGAGGACCACAGAUCAUCCAUCUAUUCACUCAGAGAGUUCCUCAACUGCCUUCGACCAACUCUCUGAAUUCCUACCUCCUUCGGGUUGCUUGUAGCUGACCUCUGACCUCUAGGAUGAGUAAAUGGGGAGACCGGAUGAAGAAGGUUGAGUGGCUCGCUCAGUCAUUCCAGCUCAAUCCCCUGGCCACGCGCUACAAACCUCGACUGUGGCCGUGCCAGCCUUCCUCCGUGUGGAAGCUCUUCCCUCGCCAAAGUCCGGCUGUCAGCUUCGCUCAGAGCUGCAGAGAGGCUGUGCAUGUUUUUGCACUUGAAAAUGAAAAGACAACUCAAGGUCAAAGGAUCUACCUGGUUACCAGUUACAGUGAGCUGUGGCAUUAUUACAGGACUUACACUCAGACCUUGAUGCACUGCUACGAGGUGAUUCCAGAGGGCGCCGUUUGUAAGCUUUACUUUGACCUGGAGUUCCACAGGCCUUCAAACAAAGGGGCUGAUGGGAAAACUAUGGUGUCUUCCCUCAUCCAGUAUGUCUGCGACAAGCUAAUGGAAGUUUACGGGAUCGAAUGCUCUGCAAAGAACGUCCUCAGUCUCGACUCCAGCACCGAGGAGAAGUUCAGUCAACAUCUCAUCUUCAACCUCCAAAAUGCAGUUUUCAAAGACAACAUACACGUUGGUAGGUUUAUCCACGCGGUUCUUCUACCAGUCCUGAGCAAAACCAAAAAUGGAAGUUGCCUGGAUGCCGGGAUGAAUUCGGUGCCAGAAAACAAUGAAACACGAACACGUGUUGUUCCUGAGGGGAAGGUAGAAGAAACGGAUGAGGUUGCUGGAAGUCCACAGACCAAGAGGCAUAAGCAGGAAGAGACGGACCUUGAGUUCCUCAGGGUGAAAAACAAGGAUGGUCAAGACUGUCUCUUUGUUGAUCUCGGUGUCUACACUAAGAACAGAAAUUUCCGUCUUUACAAGUCGUCAAAAGUGGGAAAGAAUGCUGCCUUCACUGUGGCAGACAGCAACCAGUUUAUCACCAAACCUGAGAAGGGGAUGUCUCCUGAGGAAAGUGUCUUCUUGGCGUCCCUGGUCUGUAAUGUCAGUUUCACAGGACAGAGGAUUUUGACGUGGGACGUCCCAGAAACAAAGGAAUUGUCGGCCCCGAGACGUCAAUGUCAGCAGGGAUCAGCCACAAAUCCAGGCUCACUCGCUGGCUGCCUGACGUCCCCUCACCAGGAAGUAGACAACUUUGUGCUAACCGUUGUAAGAAAGGAUGGGAUACAAGGAAGCAUCCGGCGAUGGAAUUACUUUGUCGCGGAGCACCUCCUCGUCUACGACAUCCUCAAAUACCGCUGGUGUGAAAAUGUUGGAGCGUUUCAUAAAAGCAACAACAUAAUGUACGUACAGUAUGUUUUGUGUGUCCUCUCAUCUGUCUUUGAGUUUGCUCCACUCGUCUCAUUUGGUCUCAUUAUUCUCCUCCGCAGGAUUGUUGUGGAUCUCAAAGAGGAAGUGUGGUACCAGAAGUGUCACGAUCCUGACUGCAGGAACUUCAGAUCCUCAAGUUACCCACUGCCACAGGAGAUCUGCGUCGGCUACAUCAUGACACUGGAUGAGGAGGACCAGGCUUACUUAAUGGACGACGCUGGCAACAUCGAACCCAGCCAGACAGCACACCGGGCCCCGCAGAGCACAGAGGAACAACCUGCGGAUGCCUGGGAAGAUGGACAGAACGAUCAGGACUACUUAGCGAGUCUGGACGACUUUGAGCAAACCAGCCGGGAGAUCUCUGAUCAGCUUCUGCUUCAUUGCAUGGCAGAGUUUGACUCCCAGUAAAAGGUAACGUUAUCUUGCACUGGCUGUACAGCAUCUAAUAUACUCCUUUACUUUAAUUCCUUCUUUUAAGCAGUUUCACUUUUUUACCAACAUAUUUGUAUGAUGUUUACCGUAAAUGUGUCCUCCAACAACUGUAACUCCUCCUGUAUUAAUAGGUAGAGAAUGAUCAUACCGUAUAGUAGAGCCCGACCGUUAUAUGGGGCGAUAUUCGCCUUUAAAUGUGUAUUUAUGUUUCCAGUUUAUGUAAAAUAAAUGUUUGUAAUAACUUCUA